UUUUCUCGAAUUAGCAGUGAACAGAAGAGCAGCCACAUGGAGCAGGGAGUUGUUGAAGAACUAAUACACCUGCAGUUGCCCGAGGUGGAAGCUGUCGACGUUGUCAACGUGCCAGAUGGCAACGGCGAUGGCGACGGCGAUGGCGACGGUGACGGCAACGACGCUUGGGAAAGGCAACUGGAUGAGGUUCAGAUGCAAGCGAUGCGCUUGGAGAAUCCCCAAGUGGCCAUGUUGCUGGAUGCCCCGCACGAGCCACCCAUUGAAUUGCACCACAUGCUGGAACCGGUGAACGUCCCUCAACGGCCGCGCAAGAAACGCAGCUUUUUGACCAUCUCAAAGCCCUUUCAUGUGCAGCCGGAGAGGUGCGCUCUCAUUUCGAAUGGCUGGAGAGCAGUGCAGUGUGUCCAGCCGGAGAAACGCGGUGAAUACUUUGCCAACUAUUUGAUAAAGCAUAUGAAUAGUCGAAACUAUCCAAAUGGCGAAGGAUUGCCAAAUCGCUGGGGCCAGUUCUGAGCUCCCAGCAAGCCCUCGACUAUUUUCAUACAUGUUAUCAGACACAGUGGAGAAGGGGGUUAAGCAACAAUAAACCUAUAAAAACCAAUCUAA